AACUACCUUUUUGAAUGCGAAAGUAUCUUUCAGGUUUUAUUUUUCUUCUGCUAGGUAAGGAAGUAUUCUGUCAUGCGACGCUGAAUCUGUAAGUUCAUUGCCAUUUUAUCGAUUGGAUUUGAGUGCCUUCAGGUAAAUUCAGAGAAAUAGAGUGUUGAUGAUAUGACAAGAAGAGUUGUAUAGCAUAGGGAAGAACGAGUUCAAUUUUCAUAGCUUAAUUUCGUUAUCGUUAAAAUCGUUUCUAUUAUAAAGAAUUUUCAAUUUGAUAUCUCCUCAUUUGAAAAAUGUAUGGUGCUUCAGAUAGUUUUUCUAGAUGAGUAUUCUUUGCAAUUGAAUGUUAAAAUUCUGCCUUGUAAAUCAAGAUGCUGAGUUUGAGCAUGGGCUCAAACAUGUUCGAAGCAAGCCUUGUCUUCAACACUUGAUUCCCAGAAAUGGUUCGCCCCACUGGUGAUGAAUCAAGACAAGUUCCAAUUGCUGAAGUGAAGCCUGGUAACUGGUCAAAUAGCACUGAUAUCUCUCCCAAAGAUGGCACAGUUACUUUGACAAAAUCACAGUUUCAACAAAUUUUGGAAGCCAUCAGUCAGACUGCUGUUAUAAGUGGAAGUGAAAAUCAUUUUGAUUCACAAGAAAACUCAGAAAAUUUUUCAUCAAAAGGAAAUGAAGAAAAUUCAAGCAGUGAUUUAGAACUAAAGGAAAAUUUGUACGGAAAUGAAAACUUACCUGAAGCUUCAACAGAAACUACAAAUAAGUUGCAAGUGCCUUGUCCUCUUGAUGUCUUAUCGUGUCCUACUUCCUUAAGUUGGUCUGCUCCACAAUCUGAGGUAUCACCGUCAAAAUUAUCUCCUCUCAGCAAAGUUGAGCAGAAACGUUUACAGUGGGAAAGAGAAAAAGCUGAAAUGCUCGAAUGGAAUCCAUGGGGAAAACCUGGUGCUGGUGCACCCGUGAAAAAAACUCAGAUUGUUUCACCCAUAACUCCAAGAGCUAGUGGUCAGCUUUUGAUGGUUCAUACGUCCGGAGCUAUGCCUUUCACCAGUUCUGUGCCUUCUUCUAUACCUAGUUGUUUGCCAUCCCCAAAUUGUAGAAUAGUACCUAAUAAUACUGAUCACAAUACAUUCUUACCAAAUAAAUCUUUUGUGAAUUACAGUUGCAUCGCUCAACCAGUUAAGCCUGUUCCACCAGUUUUCAAAAGUUCUAUUGCUUUUGGAAAUACAGAUUCGGAAUCCAUAACAAGUGAAUUUUAUAGAAGGCAGCAGUGGCUGCGAGAAAUAGAAGAACAAAGACGCUUUCAGGAACAAAUUCAAAUGUCUCAAAUGCAGGAUUCUAAUUGGUCUAAUAAAGAGGAAACUGAAAGCAUAUCUGUUUCCAUAGAUGGUUCAGUCUUACCUGGAGCUGCUGAUGCUUCAAAACGAACUUAUAUGCGGGGUCAGGGAUUUCAGUUAGAUCCAGUUUCUGCUGCUCUUGCUGAGGAACGUCGAAUGAAAGCUCAGGAAUACCAACAAGCAAUCAGACUUCAAAUGGAAGAAAAGCAACAACGUGUUGAAAUGGAAAGAGAAAGAAAAAAACUUGAAGAGGAAGCUGAAGAAAAGAGAUUGCAAGCAGAGCGUGCUCGUAUUCAGGCAGACUAUGAAGAGGAACAGUUGAGAAUAAAACAAAAAGCUGAAAUGGAAGAAAAGAAACACCAGGCUUUAGUUACUGCUGUUCAGCAAGCUCAGUUACAGGCAGAAAUGGAAAAGAAAUCUAGAAAAGUUCAGAAAUUGCAUCCUAUGAAUUCAGAAAACCAGAAUAUCGACUCUACAAAUAUUCAAACACAUAGUGAAAAUACAGAUGUAGUAUCGUUGACAAAUAAUAUGGAAUCAAAAUUAAGAAUAAUCCAAAAUUUGGAAGAUCCCAGCUGUGUUGAUUCCUCUCUUAAAGAUGAUGACUUAAUUCAAAAUGAAACGAAUUGUGAUCCUUCUAAUAAAAAAGAUUUGGGUAUUCAAACAGUGCCAAUAUCAGAUAGCGAAAAAAGCUCUAUAUAUGUUGUGGAUAGAGUGUUAACUCCCUCAAUAUUUCGAGUAAGAGCAAGGGGAGGUUGUGGAAAAGACUUUGGAACACAGACUGACAUUCAUUAUGGAAAAUAUCCAGUUGAAGAUGCAGAGUCCACUGAGAGUAAUACCAGCUCAUUCCACAGUCCAGUUGCAAAACGAAUAGUACGUGUGCAGCAUAGCAAGCCUUACAAAGCUCAACGUCGGCCAUUGUGCAAUGAUUCCAUUCCUGUAAAUGAACGCCCUAAAUGGGGUGUGAAUCAACCCUCUAAAUCAUAUGUUAGAAUGACUGAUAGAGAUCCCCAUUUUACUAAACGGAAGAGGAUGCAAGAAUUAAGAAAGCAACAUUGGGCCCGAGAACUUGCAGCACAGAAAUCCACCGAUUCUUCACAUCAACCUAUUGCUCCCUAUUCCAAUUUAAGAGGUCGUAGGGUUGCCAGUAGUUCAGAUUGUACUCUUGGAUACAGCAGUUCUGAAUUUGAAACAAGGUCUUAUCGUCAAAUUAGAAGUAAUUCUACUCCUCGUUAUCAACAACCAUCUGGAUUCCGUUCUGAUUGUGGUUCUGCUGAAACUAUUGCUUACUUUAACUACAGCCCAUCAACUCAUGCCAAUCAUCUUUCACAGUCAUAUCUUCAGCGUAGAGACUCAAUUAGUUCAGACAAUCUUCCAUCUAUUAUUGGUGGCUCUGAACCAUCACCAACACGGCACGCAGAAAGGUUCUCUAUACCAUCAUGUGGUGGGGGAAGUCUUCCACCAAUGCGUCGCAAAUGGCAUAGUCAAGAAAUAUUCCACCCGUCCAGUAACUGUCAUGUUUUUUCACCCCCUCAUGUACCUGGAGUGUAUCCCCGUUUGCUUUGUCGCCCUUUUCAUUGUAACUUACCACCACCUGUUGCACCACAACGAAGAAAAUGGAGUGAUCAGGAAAGUUUUGAUUUGGAAAGUGUUGUGCGUUCGAGAGUAGCUGAUGGUAGUCGAGCAUCCUCUGCUGAAAGUACUGAGAAGAGUGAUGCUGCUUCUGUGUCUUCAGCUACUAGUUCUGCAAAGUCAAAAUCUUCCGUCCAGAAUCCUUUAGUUUGCCCAGAAGUUGUUACUGGUAGACCCACUCCACGUCAAGAUAGAAUUUUACAGAACUUAUCCUCUUUAAGACAGGGCUUGCUUAAGAAACAGAAGGAAUUAGAAAGUUUAAUUAGACGGCCACCACCUUUUUAUUCUUGAUGUAAAAUUUAUAUUUUACCUAAAGAAAUAACUGUAUUUUAAAGUGUACAGAUGAGAAACUAGUUAUAAAUAAGCUUUAUUUCAUUUUACAUUCUAGUCUGUUUAAAUACUUCAUUUAUUUUGUUAAAGAAACAAAUAUAACUGGUGAUACAUGAAUAGAAUUAAGUGUUUCAUAAUAUCGUUUCUCUAUGUUUCACUUAUUUAUUUCUUUUUAAUCCAGUCAUUAUUAAACUAUAAAUUUUUGAAUUUAUUCAUUUUAAUUCAUGUUUAUAUGUUGAUUUUAGUAUGUACCUCAGAUGUAUUCCAUAUUUCCAUGACACUCAGAAUUGUAUGAAUAAAAACUACAGAUAUUACUUUUCUAAUAACUGUACUUAUAUAAAUAAUUUUAAUUUAAAAUAAUUUU